AUGGACCUGAGCCGACCAGACCAGACUGUGUCAAACUACGGCACAAGCCAGUCUGUUGGUCCACGCCUGUCUAUCCACCUGUUGGGAAGGGUUUUAUCCAACCAGUUCAACAUUGACAGUGAAAUUGGCUGGAGCCCCAUCCUGUGGGAAGAGCAACUUGUUUCACAGAAGCUGAUAAUGUUGGCUUUCAACAUUGAACCUUUGAAAGAGCCACGUGGCUUCAUCAAAUGCUUGCAAUGGAUAUUUGCCAUUGCUGCCUUUGCAACUGUCACCAAUUUCUCUGGGGAUUUCUCCAUCAAUGUAACAUGUAAUUCUACCAGCAGCUCUGAAGUCAGACUCCAUAAUGAGCAUGUCAUAAAUGCCGAUUCUCCAAUAAAUGGGCUUGUCAAGUGGCUAAGACGCAACGAGAUCCACAUGGUCAUCAUGACCGAAGGUGAAGAGGAACAACAGAUGCGCAUUUCUGCGACGCCGGGAGGAGGAUUGAUUCCAGUGCGCCAGCGCAUGUUAUCAUCUCGCAUUCCCUUCUCCGGCCUGCCAUACGAUGGCAUUCCAGACGUUGCCGCAGUAUCUACAGAAGUACAGGAUUCAGUCUUCAUCUUCGUCUGUGGUUCUUCCCUUUCUAUCCAGGUGGAGCACCACCUUUUCGGUCGAGACGGCGCAUCAGCAGCGGAUAUGUUUUCCUUGACGCAUCCUCAUGUGGCCAGUGAGCAUCUCCAAGUGCCAUUUGCUGGUGAUAUUGUUUCAGAAAAGGUAUCACCUCCAUAUGAUGACCUUGUCUUGAUUCAUCUCAGGUGCUGUUGGGCUCUCUCCAAGCACAACAUGGAGGAGCUGUUGAAGACCCAGAGCAUGGCUGUGGAGGCUUCCACCAAAAUCCUACAAACUCACAGGAACCAAAACUGGUUCCUGCCUGUUACGAUAGUGCUGUGUCGUGACCUUCGUCGUGUUGCUAGCAUGUUCCCCUCAUCAUCAGAUGGGAAGAAGACAGACACUCUAGAGAAGGCAGCUGAGUUAAUCAUGGGUUGCUUCAGAAUUUGUGCUGCUGACAGCCGAACAGGGGAAGACUAUACAAAGCGCUGGGGGAUGCUGGGUUUGGUGAACCUCCUUCUCCGAAUCUACUUCCGUACAAGCCGCAUGCACCUGUGCAAGCCUCUCAUCAGAGCCAUUGAUGCCUCACCCCUAAAAGACCGCUUCCCACUUAGUCACCGCAUCACAUACAUGUACUAUGUGGGGCGUAAGGCCAUGUUUGACUCUCAGUUUAAAGAAGCUGAGAAAUACCUUGACUUUGCUUUCCUUCAUUGUCACCAGCAAUGCUGGAAAAACAAGCGUCUCAUCCUCAUCUAUCUCAUUCCUGUCAAGAUGCUCUUGGGUCGUUUGCCAAAGCAAUCCCUGCUUCACAAGUACCAACUGGAGGAGUUCUCGAGUGUGACUGAAGCAGUUCGCCUUGGUGACCUACGGAGCCUUAGUGAAUCAUUGGACCGCAAUCAAGGAUUCUUCAUCUCCUGUGGAAUCUACCUCAUUCUGGAGAAGCUCAAGAUCAUCACCAUGAGGAAUCUUUUCAAAAAAGUGUACCUGCUGUGUGGCCGCCACCAGGUUGAGAUUGGAGCUAUUGAAUCCAUGCUGCAGUGGAUGGGAAUGGAUGAUGUAGACACUGCUGAGACCCAGUGCCUCUUGGCCAAUCAGAUUAAUGAUGGACUCAUCCGUGGUUACAUCUCCCAUCAGCACAACAAACUUGUUGUCUCCAAGCAGAAUCCCUUCCCACCUCUGGCUUCCUCCAUCAGCUCCUUUUGGCCCUUGAGAUCCAGAGAUGAGUUAAAGUUGUGCUUCCGGAAGGGAGAUGUAAUAACAGUGACACAGGAAGAAGAUGGUGGUUGGUGGGAGGGGACAUUGCGAGGUCAGACAGGCUGGUUCCCCUGCAACUAUGUUCGGGAAUAUCUCCCUCAGGGUCGAGGGAGCAUGAAGGAGGAUGCCAAGGAGACAGACAUGACAUUGGCACAGAAGCAGGCAAGUCACAGGGGGCUCAUCAUCACAGAACUCCUUGAAUCAGAAGAGGCAUUCCUGGCUCAGAUGGAGCGCCUCCAGAAGGAACUUCUCCACCCCCUUCGUGACACUGACAUUCUGAGUAAGGAGGAGGUGAGUCAGCUGGUGGGGAACCUGGAUGAAGUAAUAGAGCAGCACAGGGAGCUCAUUUCUGAGGUGAAGCGAAUACGGGUCUCCUUUGUCCCUUCAGAAGAACGCAUUGGGAAGCUUUUUCUCAAUGUGGCUGCCUCCAUGAGGGAUGUUCAUCUGACAUACUGUCGUCAUCAUCCUAAUGCAGUUGCCAUCCUGGAUAAGUACAGGGAUGAGGUGAAUGGAUACCUGAUGUCAGUGUCAGGUGGGGCAGGGGGUGUAGUACACCUGACUUCAGGUCUCAGUGCUCCAUUCCGACGUCUGGAGCGCUAUGCAACCAUCCUGCAUGAACUCCAGGGCCACAUGGAGGACUCCCACUUUGACCGUGGUGAUGCCCAGCGGGCUGCUGACUUUUAUCGAUCACUCUCGGCUGAGUGUAAUGCAGCAAGGCGUCAGCGGGAAUUGGAGUUGGAGAUCCUAAGUGGGAAUGUGGAGGGCUGGGAGGGGGAUCGAGUCAGUGACCUGGGUGACAUCCUGAAACUUGGUCGCAUCAAGGUCACAGUGCGUGGUGCCACCAGUGACCGCUUUCUGGCCCUCUUUCCAAACAACCUCAUUCUUCUUUCCACCUCUUCUUCCAUGAGCACCUUCAUCUAUGAGGGCAGCAUCCCCCUGUCAUCUGCUUCUGUGCGAGAGUUUGAGGAUCCUGAGGGCAAUCAGACCAUGUUUCAAAUCUCUGUUCAGGAUGCUCUCGUUCAGCACGUGGAAGAACCAUCUCGCAAGGAAGCUUUAUUAGAUUUCGUUUUCAUGACGAACGAUGAUAUGGCACUAGACGUUAAGGUACAGGAUAACUUUGAAGAUUUGGACCACUCCACAAUUACAUGGAACAUCAAGCAGACGAAGAGUCCACUGCUGGACACCCUGGUGAUAACAUGCCCUACCCCUGGGGAGCGGAGUCAGUGGCUUGAACUCCUUUCUUCAAGAAUGCAGGAGAGCCACGUGGCUGGAGGACCACAACUAACAGCAGAAGCUGUGAGUCCCCCUUACCUCAAUCUCACCUCCCUCUACCACCAGCUGUCAAUCCACAAUGCCCUUCCGGCACAUCUCUAUGUCAACCGGUUUCGCAAGGUCUUCCCACCACUUCCACCCCCACGGCCAUUGCGUCACAGUCGCACAAUCUCAACUCAGACCACCUUUGAGGAGGAAAAUCCAUUUGGUUUCAUCCACUAUUAUUCUCCAGCAUCACAUUUGAUGGAGCCUCACCCAAUUCUAUUUCAUAGCUGGGUUCGACCUGUAACAUAUCCAACAUUUGUGGCAGAAUCCCCGAAAGCUCGACCUAACACUAUCACCUCAGAGACUUCUUCCUCUGACACUGGUGCCAUUGCUGAUGUAGAUGAAGAUUCAGCUGCAGAGUUUCGGGACUCCAUUUUUGACCAGAAGCCCAUAUUACAUUUUUCUACUCUGGUCAUUCCUCCCAGAGUGACAGUAUCAGAGAUUGAGCAGUGCUCAAAUCUUCCAGCUGCACCAAAUUCAUGUCCAUUGCUACCAGCUGCAGCUCAACCAUCUACCACAUCUCAAGCUGCACUGAAGACGUGUAAUUCAUCAAAUAUGCUCAGUUCUUCACUCUUGCAAGCUGCAGCAGACUCAUCUCCUCAUUAUCCAGACUCAGUCCACACUUUGAAAACUGAGCUAGGUUCAAUGCAAGUACCAAUCCUUUCAAGUUGCUUGAGCAAAAUGGAUCUGCAAAAUCCAAAACCUGUUCUGGUAUCAGAUCAGUCUGAUGUGUCAUCAUUGCAACGUUUUGGGCUGGAUCUCUGGAACUAUGAUGUCCCAGAACGCUGGGCCAGUUAUUUGGCACUGGACCGCACUGAAGCAUUUGAGGUGAAUGUCACCAAUGAGGAGAUCCCGUUGGAACAUCCCCUUCUACCUGAUUCUUGUGCACAAGAAGAUGCCCUUUUGCUGUGGAAAGUGCCAUCAUGGCAGCCAUUUGCUCCCCUGCCUUGGGGUUCAUGGGCUUCAUCUUUUAAACAUGAUUCUGGCUUGGCUGAUGUGUCUCGUACCACAUCCACUGAUGCUGUCAGUCAGGAGAACCCUGAUGCAGCUGAGCAGAUGACCCCAGACAGUGACCCUGCACAGUCCCAAGCAGAUAAUACGGACCUUCAGAAAGCAAUGCACCUCUCUGUGGUGGAGUUGAAACCUGUGUAUCGGUCACAGUUAUAUGCCCACUGGUUCUGCUCCAGGGACCUUGUUCUUUCCUGUGACUCAGAUUCAGGGAAGGAUGAUUCAUUCAUGGAUUGGGAAUGGAGUGAUGCUAGUGUGGUGGCUCCAGGGUCAGGGGAAAGUCGCCAUGCAAGUGUGCCCAUAUUUCCUGUGACCCGCAAUGCCAUGUCUGUUGCCACACCCCCUGGUGGGACCUUCCCCAUCCCUCGGCCCCAUGGUCCUUUGAGACCCUCGAUCCUCAUACAGGGUGACAACUACCAUAGGAAAGUUACAAAGAAUGAUGAGUUGGAGCAUGUGUUCCUGCAGAUCAUCAAGGAGUACUUGCCCACCCAACUUCAUGUGGGAUCAGGUACUUCAACCGAACGUCCUCCACUCCUCAUUGCUGAGGAGGAGAAGAUUUUCAUUGAUGAUGGCACUGGAAUACAAGAGAGGUCCCUGGUGGAUACUGUGUAUGGAUUGAAGGACCGGCUGGAAAGUGUGGAGAUGCAGCUGUCCCACAUCAUUCAGGUUCUAAAGGACAAUUUCCCCCAGAUUGGCAAGGCCAUGCCAUCCCUUGAUUCCCUCAUAAAGAGUUGGGUUUGUGAAAACACAAAAAUAGGAAGGAAGAUGAAAUACAUUUUAGUGACAGGAGGUGUGAUAUCAGGGAUAGGGAAGGGUGUGAUUGCAUCUUCAAUUGGAACCAUUCUCAAGUCCUAUGGCCUUCACGUCACUUCCAUCAAGAUUGAUCCCUAUAUUAACAUUGAUGCCGGCACCUUCUCUCCCUAUGAACAUGGUGAAGUAUUUGUGUUGGCGGAUGGAGGAGAAGUGGAUCUGGACCUGGGGAAUUAUGAACGGUUCAUGGAUGUCACCCUUCACCGGGACAACAACAUCACAACAGGCAAAAUCUAUCAAUGGGUCAUUGAAAAAGAACGUCGUGGCGACUACCUUGGCAAAACUGUUCAAGUGGUGCCACAUGUCACAGAAGCUAUCCAAGAGUGGGUGGAGAGGGUGUCCCAUACACCUGUCACUGAAGAUGGCCAGCAACCUGAGGUGUGUAUAAUCGAGUUGGGUGGUACAAUUGGGGACAUUGAGGGGAUGCCAUUUGUGGAGGCCUUCCGACAGUUUGAAUUUCGUAUCCGCAAGGAGAACUUCUGCUGCGUUCAUGUCUCUCUGGUUCCCAAGAGAAACUUGCAGCUUCUUAGAUGUUCUGAGCACUGGUAUGCCAAUGGCACUUUUAAGAUUGUUCCGCCUCUAUUUGAGCAGCUGUAUACCAUUCAUGGGGUGGAAGCCAACAACUCCGUGCCUCUGGUAUAUGCACUUCUGGGAGACGAGGAAAGAAACCCGAAGUCAACUGGGGAGCCAAAGACAAAGCCAACACAGGCAAGCGUCCGUGAGCUGCGCCGACUGGGUCUUAGUCCUGAUGUCAUUGUCUGCCGCUCUGAACACCCUAUUGACAUCUCUGUCAAGGAAAAAAUCUCAAACCUCUGCCACGUUCCUGUUCAACAGGUUGUAUCCAUCACAGACUACAGUUCCAUCUACCGAGUUCCCCUGGCUCUGCAAGAAGAAAAGGUUGCCUCAUAUCUUCUCCAACAUCUCCAGAUGGAGCCUACGCCUUCUGUGCAUAAUUUCAUCAGACAGUGGCGAAAUCUAGCUGACAGAGUGGAGCAUUUGAGGAAGGAGGUGAGCAUUGCAUUGGUGGGGAAAUACACACAAUUGGAGGAUGCAUACAUAUCAGUCACCAAGGCCCUUCAACAUGCUGCCCUCUGGCUUGAUCGCAAACUCUUCCUCUACUAUGUGGAAGCAGAUGACCUCGAGCUGGCUACCAAGGAAAAAGAUCCAGUGAAGUACUAUGAGGCAUGGAAGCACCUCUGCAGUGCUCAGAAUGUGCUGGGCUGGCAUGAUGCAAACUCCACAGAAUUCAUGGCUGACACACCACAUCCUGUGGUAAUUGACAUGCCAGAGCACAAUCCAGGUCAAAUGGGUGGGACCAUGCGACUUGGCCUCCGCCAGACCAUCUUCACUCGGGACAACUCCCUACUACGGCAACUGUAUGGUAAUGUUGACAUGAUCCAAGAACGUCACCGCCACCGCUAUGAGGUGAACCCCCGCUUCAUAGAGGACUUUCAAGGCCAGGGACUCACAUUUGUUGGCCAGGACUCAGAGGGGAUCCGCAUGGAAGCCUUUGAGCUCCCCACUCACCCAUACUAUGUUGGUGUCCAAUUUCAUCCUGAGUACAUCUCACGGCCUCUGAAGCCAAGUCCACCAUACCUGGGGUUUAUUCUAGCCUCAGUGGGUAAGCUGCAGCAGUAUUUGCAUCGCGGCUGUCGUCUUUCACCACGCUACUCCCUUCUCAAUGACAGUGAAGAUUGGAAUCCUCAUUUGGUGUUAUUCUCAGAUGAUGAGGUGUACCAGCUGACCCACCAGGUGUCAGAUGUGAACCUCGGGAUGCCAUCAGAGCCUGUGUCGGAGUGUAGCACCCCAGCCCCUAUAUCUGGCAAGGCAGAAGGACUCUUGACAUCAUAG